AGGUAUGACCCUAACAGUGAGGAGAGAGAAGACAUGAAGCACUGACAGCAUAGUUCCUGACCAAUACAAGUGUCACUCAAGAUGGAGGAGGUUCUGAAAAAUGUAGUGGCUAUGGUGGAACAGCACAAAGAUGGGAUCCCCGUGAAAAAACUGACCCAAUACUACCAGCUGGCUUACCACAGCAAUCUGUGUCUAUCACCUCUGGGCUUCAACUCAACAGCUAGUCUAUUAGCCUGUCUGGAUAGGGAUCUGAUUGUUGAGGGGAAAAAGGUGUUUCACAAAACCCACUACCAUGCGAGGAGGGAUGGAUUUGCAGUUGGGGUAUACACUCCACCAACAGAGAACACGGAUAUCAAGAUGGUGUUGGAAAAUGUAGUGUCCCUAGUGAAGCAGCAAAAAGAUGGAAUCCUCAUUAAAAAAAUGGCCGUAAUUUACAACCGCACAUACCACAAGAAGCUGGUUUUAUUACCUUUGGGCUUUGACACCAUGGCAAGCCUUGUCGCCUCACUGCAUGGGCAUCUGGUUGUGGAAGGGGAGCUGGUGUUGCACAAGGACCAUGUGUUUGGAAGUCAGGGGGUAGCAGAAGCUGGACGUGGAUCUGGGACAUCAUCAGAAACUACAGAGGACAGUGAGAUGAUUGAGAUUGUGCUAGAAAAUGUAUUGGCUCUGAUCAAAGAGCAUCCACAUGGAAUUCCUCUGAAAACGUUGGAUAAAGUCUACCGUCAGAAAUAUGGCAGACGUAUAGCUUUAGCCCCCUUGGGCUUCAAAAAUAUUUCCGCCCUGGUAGUAUUUCUGAAAGGAGAGCUAGUUUUGAAAGAGCAACUGGUGUUUCAUAAGAUCCACCAGCCUCAAAGUCAACCGGAAAGUGGCAAUUCAACGAAUGCUACGAAGAACAGUAGGCCUGCAACUCCCCAGGAAACUGAAUCACUUAGUGGAGAUGCAGCCGCUACCCCGACUUUUACCAUGCCAAAGGUAGAUGUCAACCCUUACCAAGUGCGCCUCGCUCAAGCAGGAAUCAGCCCUGCGGCUCCUCCUUUGCAUUCCACUGCGUCUUUAUUCACAACCCACUGUCUUCCUGAUAACCUACUCUUUGCUGCAUCCAAGCCAGCUGAACAACUGACCCAACAGCAGCUGUACCAGAGAGUCUUAGAGGUGAUGAAGAACUACCAGCUGAGUGCUCCAACAAUCGACCAGCUCCAAACCUGCUAUUUUCGGCAGUUUGGUGAGGGGCUUCCUCGGGCACAGUACAUGUCCUUGUACGACAACUGGCAAGCCACGGACUCUAAGAAUCUGUUAUCACAAGAGCAAGUAACAGCAAGUCCCAACCCUGCCGUAUUGCCGACAACUGCAGGUAACCUUCCGAGAGAGCCUGAAAAAAAGCAGCAGCAACCAGCAGGUACACUUGACUUCCUCUCCGGGUCUGAAUUUCCAAAACUGGGGUCAGAAGUGAACUUGACCAAAGCCCAGAAGAGCAAAUUGAAAGAAGAGACACUGAGAGAGGACACUUUCCCUGUGUUCAAAGAAGCUUAUCGUGCGCAGCUCCGAGAGGUCCAUGGAGCUAAUAUGCGGGCAGUAGAGACCAUGGAGGGGGCUGGGGAGGCACUCACAAGGCGGAGUAGGAACAGGGUCAUGGAUCCGGAUACAGUCAACAGCCUGAUGGAGGGUGUGAUCCGAGACAUCGCUGCAGAGGGAGAGCUGGUCACCGAAGAGAAGGUGAUAUCCAAGGCAUGCGUGCUGAUGCAGAUUUCCUCUUUGAAGAACGUUAACAUCAGACCCGGGAAUGUUCCAGCUCUAAAAGACCUCCUGUACAUCAUUAGAGAAAUCAACAUGUUCAUAGAGUCCACUGAAGCUGUGACAUCCAUUUGUACCCUGUAUGAGCUGGGUCAGUCACUGGCUGCGCUGAAGGACAAGAAGUGCUUUGAAGAGCUGAACCUGGGACCUCUCUGCAAACAGCCACUCAUCCACCGCAUGUUUAAGAUUGACAGUAACACUAAGGAUGAUGAUAUACACCAGAUUAGGACAACAGACAUCUUGAAGCAACUUCGCUUAUUUCGGAAGCAGCAGAGCAAGAUAAGAGUAGACCUGGCUGAGUUUAUGAAGUAUUUGGCUGACCACUACAACUGUGAAUCUCCCUAUGAGCUUGGCAUUAGAAUACACAGCAUUGGGCUGCCCAUAUCGACCCUGAUCAAGGUCAGUCGUUCUGAGCAUGCCAACUUGGCACAAGCCAUGGAGGUCAUCCAAAAGGAGCUGGAGGAGGAGACUCAAGAGCAGCUGAGAAAGAAGAAGAGGAGCGUGUUGGAGCCAUUGCAAGGAGCAGGUUGCUUCACUUCCCCAGGCAACCUUGACCUCAGGAAAAAGUAUGCGUCCCUGACAGCAGCCGAGGUAGUGCUGGCCGUAUUCUCAAAUGCAGUGGGGGUCUUCAGUCCCAAGAUGACCAAGCACGUCCAGACCUUUCUGCUGCAGGUGUCAGGUGACCGUCUGGCAACGGCCCUGUUUCAGCUGGCCAUCUGUGGUGGCUCGCUUGCUGUCCCACACGACCUGGUGCCAAAAGACAAGGCGCCCCAGACCACUGAAAAAAAUACAAAAGGGGACAAACUCACCACAACCAUCCCCAGUGAAGCCAAAGUGAAGCAGUUUCUAAAAGACAGUCUGUCCUCUCAGAACUCAGCCGUAACUCUGGCUCACAUCGCCUCCCUGGAGAGGAAGUUGAUCAAAAACUUCAAGGUCAAAGAUUUCCUUUCUUUAGAGCAAGGCAACUUCUUGGAGUUUCUGGUUAAAAACAAUCAGUUGCUGCAGGACAUACUUGGCUCCACUUUGAUUGUGGGAAGUUCCAGUGUGGAACUUGUGGGCAGUGGUCUCCGACCCACCAAACAAGAUGUGUUUGAGUUCAUCCAACAGUGUGGCAACAUAACCUCUACUGACCCAGAUGAACUUUCCCAUAUUGAAUCAGCACUGAAGUCUCACUACAGUGUCCGGGACAGUCGUGACCUCGGCUAUGGAAGUCUGCAAACUCUGGUUGGACUGGUCAAACUCCAGAGAGGCCUGGCUGGAGGAGGAGUAAGCCAGGUCUUCUAUGAGUCUGCCCUCUUUGCCAAACAAGGCAAAUCAAUGAAUAGUGCUGAAGUUGGCUGUGAGGCAGUUGGGCUUCUUGGUGAAAUGUCCAAGACCCAGGCCAUGGCUAGCUUGCUCUCCUGCCCCCUGCUGGAGGAUUUAAGUGAGUGGAGCCAGUGGGAGCUGAUCUUUAAACCCCUUCAUGGCUCCCUCAAAGAUUUCAUUGAAAGAAAUGCAGCUAACACAGGCCUGGCAGCGUUGGAGGUCAGACCAGGUCUGCUUCUCAGGAUCACCACACACACAGGAGACAAGUACUUCUCCAGUUCCGCCAUGACACUUGACCCCACUGGCACAGCCGGCCAUCUGGUGUCCAUGGUGGUCGCUGAUGGGAUUGUCAAUGCUCCCACUGCCCUCCUGGCCAACUACAUGCAGAGCUCCCUUGCAGCAGCAUUGGCUAAAGAAGACAUGUCUCAGGAUGAAGAGAACGUGGCAUGUUACAGCAGAGUGGCCGAGUUCCUUUUGGCGUGUUUGAUGCGAAUCCCGACCAGAACCUGCCAGGCUCUUCUGCAGCAGGUCUUUUUGGAGCCUUUCUCCCGUGUCUUGGGCCAGGCCAAGUCUAAACAGGUCCUAAUCGCCGUGGCCCAGUCCGACCCAAGGCACAUGAACUGUCUGCAUCGUCUGGGCAUCCUCCUGGGGAUCACAGACUGGGCCAAAGACUACCAGAAGAAACUGAACCCACCACUGAGCCACAGCUACAACAUGCACACAGCACCUGUGGAACAGGCCAAGUCCAAUUUGAUAGACUCUGAGAGCAGCAGUCUGUCGGCACUGAACACGAGUGAAGAUGAUUAUUUUGAGGAUAACCCCGUGGACAGCAGCUUCGCCUCCUCCCAGCUCAACCAGAGCCUACAUCAAGUUAAUGGCGAGCAAGAUGUAGAGGUCGAGGAGGAUGAGGAUGAAGAGGAGCUGUUUGAGUUUGCCUCAGUCCCUAAUGGGAAGACAUCCGAUGUCAGUGCUGAAGCAGAAGGAGUCCAGGAUAAGGAAAACUCAGAAAUGACUGAUUCUAAUGAAAACGAUGCAGACGGUUGCCUAUCAGAGACCACGUUAUCUCCCCAAAGAACCAUCAUUGAAGACAUCAGGAAGAACGAGUUUGGUAUUGGUGUGGAAUUGGCCGCUGAAGGCAAGAAGCUCAUGCAGAUUCAGCAGGACAGGCUGGGCCGCAGCUUGGAACGCCUGUCCACGGAACUCUACAGCAAAGAUACACACUUUGUCCUGGAACUCAUUCAGAAUGCUGAUGACAACAGUUACCCAUCAGAUGCCGGCCUCAUUCCAUCCGUGGCCUUUGUGGUGGAAAAGAACUGCAUCACUGUCCUCAACAAUGAGAUCGGCUUCCAGGAGAAGAACAUCCGGGCCAUCUGUGAUGUGGGUCGCAGCACCAAGGGCAAACACAAAUACGGAUACAUUGGACAAAAGGGCAUCGGCUUCAAAUCAGUGUUUAAGAUCACAGACUGCCCGGAGAUUCACUCCAAUGGCUUCCACUUGUGCUUCGACAAGACUUGCGGCUUAUCCAUGGGAUACAUCCUCCCCCACUGGACUGAAGAUGAGAGGCCUCUGGAUCCAGCGCUGAGGAACGCAAACCAGAUCAGUUGGACCACCAAGAUCUGCCUUCCUCUGCGCUCCGAGAGCCAUCAGACCAGGAACCUGUUUCAUGAUGUGCACCCCUCCCUGCUGCUCUUCCUGCACCGCCUGCGCUCUAUCAGCAUAUACAAUCAGAGCGAGAACCGUAUCGUGACCAUGACUCGAAAAGAUCUGAGUCAUGACGUAGUAGAGGUGGAGCACACAGAGGGCACAGAGCGCUGGCUGGUGGUCAAAACUACGCUGCAGCCCAAGAAGAUCAAAGAGGACGUUGAGGCGACCGAACUUGCCCUGGCGUUCCAGCUUGGAAGUGACAACACAGGAGACGGCAUUGUGUGUCAGCCUCAGAAACAGCCUGUGUUUGCCUAUCUGCCGCUUCGCAGUUUCGGCUUCCGUUUCAUUGUCCAAGGUGACUUUGACAUCCCUUCCUCUCGUGAAGACGUGGACAGAGACAGCUUCUGGAACCAGUGGCUUCGAUCUGAGAUACCUCAACUUUUCCUACAGGCCAUGGACGUCUUCACUAAACACCCAGAGUUCAGAGGCCUGAAUGGCCUCUGCCAGUUCCUACAGUUCAUCCCCCUGCCUGAUGAAGUGAUGGACUUCUUCAAGCCUGUUGCUGGGCAGAUUAUCCAACUGCUCAAGGGAAAGGCCUUCCUGCCGACACUCAGCUCAGAGGGUAACGUUGUGUACAAGCUGCCGUCCCAAGUGGCCGUCUGUCGGGACGCCGUGAUCCGCGAGGUGAUUGGCGGAGACGAGCUUGAGAGACAUCUGUCUCUUUCCUAUCUCCAUAUGGGUUUGAGCCCAGCCCCACCCACUUCCCUGCUCACUCACCUGGGAGUGCGAAACCUGCGGGGAUCAGAUGUUACCACGGUAACCACAGCCAUGGCCAAGGAGCUGAUGAGGGAGGAAGGCAUCCAUUCAGACGGCGGUCUGCGACAGCUGGCCAAGCUGCUGGUUUGCAACUUCCGAGCUCUGGAGUAUGGCUACGGAGAGGCAGACGCCAUCUUGCAGAACCUGAGGGAUCUACCCAUAAUCCCCCUGGCUGAUGGAAGUGUGGUGGCAUUAAAUGGAGCGGGAGUUUUCUUUCCAAUGGAAGAAACCAAGACUAAGAAAAAGAAAUCUCCAGCUCAGCCAGGACCUCUGUCUGCACUAUACAAGGAUGUAAAGGUGGUGCAUCCCUCUCUGCUGAGCUGUGUGGAGCCCCUGGAGAGUCAGCAGGUUCGAGAGCUGCUGAAACGACUCGGAGUUCAUGAUCUGGAGCCCCAAGAGCUACUGGAGCAGCACAUCUACCCCACAAUACGGAACAACAAAUGGAAGUCAAAGCCAGAGGCAGUGGUGGUGAGCUACCUUGUUUUCAUCAAGCAGCACUCCGCCUCCAGCCACGAGCACUUGGAUGUUGCAGUUCCUGUCCUCACCAGCGGGGGGCUGCUGUGCCCAGGGCAGGACAAAGUGCACUUCUCUGAGGAGUACGGCAACAUCAAUCUGCCAAAGACACUGCCUGGCUAUGAUUGGGUCCUGCUGAGUCCCUGCUAUGUGGAGACUGACAACGAUGUGGAAGGAUGGAGGGAGCUGUUCAGCAGACUGGGAGUCAGAGAUGGUCUCAUCAUCCGUAAAGAGACACAAACACUCACUUCCAGAGAACUGGCCUCCAGCCCCUGGUCAGCUGAAAGUGAAAUGUGGCACCAGAGGCCUGGGGAGGACUUUGUGCUCGUUGACUACCCCUGCAAGGAGUUCCAUGCCCUGGCCACAGCCCAGAUGCCUGGCUCCCUCCUCCUGCAGCAGAGAGUGGCCUUGCUGAAGCUGUUGGCGACCAACUGGGACACCGGACACAAGUACUCUCAGUACCUCACAGCCCAGCUGGUUGACAGUGAUGGACGAACAAUCAAAAAUACCAAUUCCUCCUUCUAUUACUCCUUGUGUCGUCUUGAAUGGGUGCCAGCCCAUCGCCCGCUGGAAGGAGGAGAGCAAGAGAGAAAGUACCUCUGUCCCAGCUCAGUCUACCUGACCUCACCUGAGGUCAGCAAACUGCUGGGGACUCAUGUCUAUUAUCUGGACAUAGACGCCAGCGAGUUCACCAGAGCUCUAGGAAUGAGACAGAGUAUCACAGUGGAGGCUCUGAUAAACUACUUGAAGGAGUGGUGUGUCAAACCAGUGGCGGACGACCAGGAGCAGAGACCGCCUGAAGACGAGUCAGAGGGAGCCAGUUUCACAUCCACAGUUCAGCACAUCCAUAACGUGUACACCUAUCUGCAUACGAACUGUCCCCAGAGCAGCCUGAAGGAGCUGUUCCAGCAUACCCCUGCUGUGUUCAUCGAGUACAAAAGGCACAAUGAUGACUGGUGUUCAGGACGCUUCUACCACCUGAAGGAGGUGUGCUGGAGUGACACAACAACAAUGUUCCUGCGCUACAAACUGCUGACUCGCCAACCUGACAGCUGUGUUCAGGAGCCAAAAGUCCUGGCUCCGUUCUACCAUCCGCUGGAAGGCAUGGAAGACUUCUUCACCAGACUGCUGAAUGUGGAAUCCAGCCCCAAUAUGAAGCAGUAUGUCGGUUUGUUGGAACUGAUCUGUUCUUCAGCUCCCAUGCCAACUGCUGAAGUGCUACAGGAUGUGUCAGUGCUCUACGCCAGACUAGCUCAAAAGUGCAAAAUUCGAGUGUCUGGCGAACAGGAGCACAGCCCUCAGUUCGAGCUUAAUUCCAGCUACUGCUCCACUUUGAAGGGUAUGGUGUCUGAUAAGAGGGUCUUCCCCACCAAGGAUAACACCUGGGUGAGUCUGGCACGCAAACCUAUGAUUGCUGACAACAAAGAGCUGGAGAAGAUCUUUAAAACACACAAUGAGGUCUGCCUGCUCAACCUGCCACCAGCAGAGAAGAAGGCUGCUCCCAGGAACCAUACUGGGAACUUUGGAGAGCGAGUCAAGAGCGUGCCUACCUUCAACGAGCAGGACCGGUCUUUGUUCAUGGAGAUCUGCCGUGUCCGUCCCCUGUCCCUGUGCGUCAAGACUGAGCCUCAGACUGAGAGCCUGAGGCCAAGUCCAUCCAUGCAGACCAUGGUGCACUCCGUCAUGCCCUACAUCCAGAGGUUCCUCUACCACCACGAGGACCUAGGUGAUCUCUAUUCAGACCUGGUCGAAAAGAACAUCGGAGGGAAAAUCAAACGUCUAACCUUUUGUCAGGUGGGUAAGCUGUACAUCCGCUACCAGCUGGAUGUGGCCGGCAGCGAUGAACCUGAAGUGGAGAUGCAGGACGUCAUCUGUCUGCUGAAGGACGAGAAGGAGUUCUACAUCCAGAAGGAUCAUCUCUCAGCCAACCUGGACAUCUGCAGGGAGCUGGUGAAACUGUUCUGCACAGAGAGCAGCCACAGGAAAGAGCUGAUGCAUUUCCUGAGCGCCCUCAUAACCUCACUCGAUGACCCAAGAGCUCUGAAGAGACUGUUGGAUAAAGAGGACAUCAGAGAGCUGCCCAGUGACCAGGAGCAGUGGGAGGUCCCAGAACCUCCCAAACCAGAGAUUCAACUGGAGAGAGUCCUAUCAAGGAGUCACUCCAACAUCAGCUCUCUAGAGGAGCCACCACGGCAUGCACAACAGGACGGGGAAGACACACUAGUCUGCUGGCCUCCUCGAGCAUCCUUACAGAGUAGUGGAAGCAGUCGCACAGGUCAGACAGAUGGAGGCGUAGUAGAUGCCAUCAUGAAGAUGUGGCCCCCUCCUCCUGGCCCUAAAGACAGAGGCCCGGAGAGAGAAGGAGUGCUCAGAGAAGGAGGCCACGUCGUCCCCCAGAGUCCCAGCAGCGAGGGACACCAGCCACUCAGGAGCAGCUCCAGACCACCAGACCAGCCCGCGUUUCAGAGAGUCCUCGGCCAUCCAGACCAACCUUACCCGGCUGCCGGGACCACCAACAUCAGCACCGGGCCACGACCACCAGGAACAGAGCAUCGUCAGCAGACAGAGACGACUGAGUCUGACAGAGCUGAGAAUGGCGAGAGCAGCGCCGCAGCACAGCAGAGUCCUCCAUCUGCACAGCCCGCUGAGACAGCCGGCGACCACAACGCUCCAAACAGCCUGGUCGUCCCUGACGCUGUGGUGCUUCCGAGUGUGUUCCAGGGGACGGCAGACAUUCAUCGUCCUCCUCUGCACCUGGACUUCCCCCAGUGGAACAAAGGCCAGCCUCUGGAGGACAUGACGCUCACCUGCCAGAAACCGACCACGGUGGUUAUAUCAGACGAAGCCAUCGACAUGGCGGAGAUCGGUGAGUGGGGAGAGCAGCUGGUCAACUCCUUCCUGUGCCACUGGAAGGACAGCAGCGACCCCAGUUGCCCCACGGACAUCGUGUGGUGCAAUCAGAGCGGAGAGAGCGGCCAGCCCUACGACUUCAAACUGAGCUUCGGAGCCGCAGGAGAGGCGAGGGUGGUGUACGUGGAGGUGAAGUCCACGAUAAAGAAAGAGAAGUCGUUCAUCCACCUGUCCGCCAACGAGCUGGACUUUGCACUGAAAGAAAAAGAGCGCUACCACAUCUAUCGGGUUUACAGCGCAGGAGAUGCCUCCAACACUCGACUCUGUCGCAUUCGGAACCUUGCGCAGCAUCUUCACACCAAAGAUCUGGCACUUUAUCUGUUUGUAUAAGUUUCAGUUUCGGCACUAUAACACACACCAUAAAUUGUAAGUGAUAAGUUAAAUAUGCCUUUUAAACAUUACCAUAACUGCACUGACUUUAGUUUUUUUUAAGUGUGGCCACGAUGCAAGCUAUGGAUUCCUUUAUUAUGCUGCUCGUGAGCCAAAAUUUGCACAUUCCUUUUUCCUCUCUGUCCACAAUGAUGUUGUUAUGCCAGCAAACUGCACACGCGUUUGUGUUUUCUAGUCAGUGUUCAGUAGAAAUUCUGAGUGUUUUAACCGUCUUUUAUUACCUCACUUGUACUCUAGCAUUCCUUUGAAAUAAACAAUUUCUUGUUA